CUGCAGUAUAGGGCGCGCUCCCGCUCCAAACAAAGAAACCGUGUGGUAGCAUCACAUCUAUUCUACUGCUAGACCAUCUUAUUUCCAGAACCGACCCCACCUUCCUACGGAACCCACAGCAACCAUGACGGCAAACGGAACCAGCGACAUGCUCAAGAUCCAGUUUGGGCUCAUCAACUGCGGGAAUAAGUAUCUUACCGCUGAAGCGUUUGGGUUCAAAAUCAAUGCGUCCGCUACCUCCAUGAAGAAAAAACAGAUCUGGACCUUGGAGCAGAACGGGGACGACUCCAACAUGGUCUUCUUGAAGAGUCACCUGGGCAGGUAUAUCGCGGCUGACAAAGAUGGCAAUAUCACAGGUGACAGCGAGACCCCCGGCGUGGACUGCAGGUUUAUAAUCACGGCUCACGACGAUGGGCGGUGGUCCCUGCAGUCUGAGCCACACAAGCGCUAUCUGGGCGGCACAGAAGAUCGGAUCACCUGCUUCGCCCAGACCAUCUCCAUCGCCGAGAAAUGGAGCGUGCACAUUGCAAUGCAUCCCCAGGUCAACAUCUUCAGCCUCACGAGAAAACGAUAUGCUCACCUCAGCGCCAAGCACGACGAGAUUGCGAUCGACAGGGACGUCCCUUGGGGGGUCGACUCCCUGGUCACUCUGGUGUUUCAGGACCAGCGCUAUCACCUGCAGACGUCAGACUAUAGGUUCCUGAAAAACGACGGCUCACUGGUCCAGAAGCCUGACAAGACCACUGGGUACACACUGGAGUUCAGGUCUGGAAAGGUGGCAUUCAGGGACUGUGCUGGGAAAUACCUAGCGCCUUCUGGUCCUAGCGGAACGAUGAAAUCUGGCAAGAGCUCCAAGGUCGGAAAAGACGAGCUAUUUGUCAUGGAGCAGAGCCAUCCUCAGGUGGUGCUGACCGCUGGCAACGACAGGAACGUGUCCAUUAGACAAGGCAUGGACCUGUCAGCCAAUCAGGAUGAAGAGAGCGACCAGGAAACAUUCCAGGUGGAGAUCAGCAAGGACACAAAGAAGUGCUCGUUUAGGACCUGCAAUGGGAAAUACUGGACCCUCACUGCCAACGGAGGACUGCAGUGCACUGCCUCCACCAAGACUGCCAACUGCUACUUUGACAUUGAGUGGCGUGAGAAGAAAAUCACUCUGAGGGCCACCAAUGGGAAAUAUGUGGCGGCCAAAAAGAACGGGCAGCUCGCCGCCACGAUUGACUCCGCGGGGGAGACCGAGGAGUUUCUGAUGAAGCUGAUCAACAGGCCCAUCAUCGUCCUGCGUGGUGAGCACGGCUUCAUCGGCUGCAGGAGGGUGACUGGGACCCUGGACUGCAACCGCUCCUCCUACGACCUCUUCCAGCUGGAGUUCCACAACGGAGCCUACAGCCUCAGCGAUUCCACCGGGAAGUACUGGAUGGUGGGGAAUGAGUCGUCGGUGAUCAGCAGCAGCGACACGCCCGUCGAGUUCCUGCUGGAGUUCUGCGACUACAACAAGGUGGCCAUCAAGUCCACCGAUGGCAAGUACCUCCGAGGAGACCACGCCGGCGUUCUGAGGGCCAACGCUGACGCCAUCGAAAGCUCCACCAUGUGGGAGUACUAGAAGCACUUUAGUUACCGCUGUGGCUUUUCGCUUUGUUUCUGUCAGGUUUUGUUUUUGUGGAAAGGCUUGGUCUGAGAGAGGGGGUCAGGGAAGUCUGGGGCCAGGCCUACUGGUUAAGUGGACACACACACACACACACACACACCUGGGCUGUAUUGGCAAAUGAGCCCAGGCCUCAAAGGUGUGUGUGCCCACAUAACCAGUAGACCCCAAACUGAUUCCUCCGCUGUACCAAGUCUGCCAACACUUUUUUAAUCUGUGGUUUUGCAUGCAUGCGUGGGGUUUGGAUGGUUGAAAGGGACGUACGCUGUCCAUGGGAGGUCUUAAAGGGAGCGUUGUAAGGACUGUCGAUUGCGGGCCGAAAAGCUUGGGGUUGGCGUCUCCAUCCAUCCCCCUCAUAAAGGUCGCUCAUAUGCUGCGAGCAGCCCCAGGGCUUCUGUUCCCUCUGUUUUCAGAGGCAGAAUAUCCAGGGAUCAGAACGUAAAAGUCCUGUGAUGUGUUUCUUCUACCCAUGAACUCAGCCAGCUGAUUGCACUCAGUUUUACAUCCUGGCUGUAGCAUUGUGCUAAUUACCAAAUCAAGGGGACUGGAAGAAAAUAAUGCAGAGGAUUUUUACUUCUGAACCUGGAUUUUCAACUUCUGCAUAUUUUGUCACUAUGACAUUUCUCUGGCACCAGGCUCAUCUCUGGCAAAAACGAAGACAAGCUCCCGUGUCUUUCAGCUUUUUGCCAGCCCCUCUUUGACAAGCACACUUUCACAGACAUGUGAUAUCUACAUACUCAUAAACCCAUUACCCUGAGUGUCCUACUCUACCUGAGAAAAUCAGCACAUUGUAUUUGAUGCUAAUGCUAAGUGUUUAAAUUGUACAGACCAAUCAAUGGCAGUAUUCAAUGGUAUGUUCACAGUGUUUUGACUUUAUCACAUGACCCUCAUUUAUCAUCAUAUAAUUGGUCCGUUACUUACAGAAAUGUCCCAAACACCAGUGUUGCCACUUCAUACAACAUUGUCUUUGUGUCCUUAGCUGUUCAUCUAUGGGAUAUUUGUAAUGUUAUGCCAACUCGUAUAAUCUCGACUGGAGUCUCUGUCCGUGGUAUAGAAGUGUAUUUCAAUUGCUCAGAUAGAGAAAAUUGAAACUGGAAAUUAAUUCUGUUUUUGGCUCAAAAUGAAGAUGAAUUUGCAAAAAUGUAACCCAUCUCAGUUGUGUUGCUUAGCAACUGCUAAAGACCUGAUUCACAGCCUGACAGAAAAGCAAAUACCAAGCAAUGUGAAGAUAGGAAACGGUGUAAUUUACUUUAAAUGGAAAAUGAAGUGAUUACCUGUACCGUGUGGUUCUGUAUCUGACAUUUGUAUUAAUUGCAGGUUAUAAGUUAUUGUUGCAGGUUCAACAUUUUGCAUUUUUAAAAGCCUUUAUUUGCAUUUAUCAGGAAUGCAAAUACUUUAACUGGAAAAAUAACUGAACUGCAUGGUGUAAUGUGUCCAUGAGAGGGGUAAUGAUAUGCAUUCCCCUAGUUUUGCAAAGGUGUAACCGCCCACAGGGCUCUAAUUUCAUGUUUUAUAUUGGUGAGUCAAAAUGCCAUGAAGUUCUGUGGCUGUUUUCAGUCUGUGUAAUGCUAGCUGAUAGGCUGUCAGUUAAUAAGAAGUGAAACAGGGCAACAGUCAAACAGGGGAAAUUGUAGGAAUGAUCUUGUGUAUAUUUGUUAUGAUGAAAAAUAUUUCGAUGUGCAGCACAAUAGCUGGGAUGAAUGACAGUGAAAUGCGUCCAGUCAUCUUCGACAAAUCAUAUAAACGCCACUCUAUGUUGCUGCUAGGUAAACAGCUGUAAAUAAAGAAAGGAAUGGUCCCUAGAAGGAAUUGGAUGCUUUCAUCAAGUUCAAAAGCAUGCAUCAGUAUCAUACACUCCCUGAAUGAAUGACAGUACAUUUUAACUUUUCUCUUUGCACACAACUCGCACACAUUCAUGAUUGGUCCAGCAGCAUCACAUGGAACAUCUACAGCAAUAAGCACAGUGUGCAGAUUGUGUACCAAGAACAAUAGAAAAUGCCCAAUGUUACCUUGAAGGGAACGUACAUGCUUGUUGUCCACUGUUACCAAAUACAGUAACGGUGCAGAUUACUACUGUGCCAAAUGUUGCCUUGGCCUUGAACUUCAUACAAGUCAUCCAUGAAGGUUAUCUUUUGGACCUGCACCCGCGUUUACCAGUCCCAUUAUUAUGAAGUAACAAUUUUCAGUUCUGAUGGCAAAGUACAGAGAAUGGUUAUAAGCGGGGGAUGUUUCUGGAAUAUACAGUAUGUGAGGCAAAAGGAAUGGUAGUGGUCAGAGUAGUGGUCAUCCAAAGUAUUCAUUCCAUUUGUUGAUUUCAGAGAGGCAAAUCUUCUUUUUUUAUCAUUUUGAUAAUGUUCGUAAACCUUUUUCUUAUGUGCCAUUUGUAUAACUUAAAUCCAACGUCAAAUAAAGUUUGCGUAUGAAACCUG